CUGCAAGCUUCGCUUUCAUUUUCAAUUGAAAAAGCCCGGACACGUAUACUUUUCAUUUUAUGCAUUUAUUAACGUAUUAAUUAAAAGUUUUCGACUGAUGUCUCAACGUGUUUCGAUUCUGAUAUUAUUUAAUCUAGUCAUAUGUUAUCAAUAUUAGUAACAUUUUGAAAAAUGUAAUAAUACACAACGUAAUGUACAAUAUAUUGUAAAUAAAUAUACGAGCUUAUAUACAUGAUUCAAUAAAAACAUUCUUUAUCCCAGAUUGUUAAAAAUCGAAAAGAUAAUUUCGUGUAUCGUUUACUCACGUUCUUCGUGCAGAUAUAUUAAAUGCAUAUCGUAAGCGGUGUUUCACGUAUAAAUCUGAUAAAGAACGGGAAUAGCAUCGGAUAAUUUCGUUUAUAUACGAAUAACGUUAUAAAACCGAUCGAAACAACGAUUUUUAUGUAUCGUUCAUAAAAACUGGGUAGCGUCCAUUACGAGGGAAUAAAGUUGGCGGGUAAUACAGCCAUCGCGGUUCGAUAGUAGUAAAUUUGAGCGAUUGCUCGAGAUUUCUCUCGGCGCGGCGCGCGAGCGAGAGUAUCGUAUCGAAUGAACGUAGCGUGCACUGUGCACGCGCCGUUGAAAAACGUAAGCUGGGGUAUGGGUAUGGGGGUAUACUACGCUACGCCUGUGCUAGUACGUGCCCUCGUACACGAAAACUUAUUCACACACGUUAUUCAAGCGGCUUGUGCUCCUCCAUUACGUACAUAACGUGGAAACGUAAGACGCUACAUACUGGACUUCUGUACGUGUGUCGUGUGCAGGUGUGUACAUAAGCCAGAGAGUCGUGCACGUCGUACGCGUACAUCGUAGAUCAAAACAUCCCUCCGAUCCAGAGCCGAUCAAAGCGAUUUCGGAACGAUUGGCGUGGCCCACGUCGAGGAUCGUCGGCCGAGGUUCCUGAGAGAAAAGCGAGCAUCGAGGAGGCGGAAUAUUCUUCACGGAACGUCGAAGGAAUCGGGAAAGUACUCGAUCGAGUGGCAGUGGCAGUGCACAAGCGCGAGGAGACCAGAGAGAGUCGGAUAAGGUAAGAGUGAGAGGGUGAUAGGACGCUAGGUACGGUGCUACGGUGUUAGUGAAUGGAACGCGGCCCCCACGGGUGAGCGUAGUACGGGCCAUCGUUGCACCAAUGACCAUCCGGGACGGACGAUCACGUGACGUGCGUGCCGAGGCAGCAGCAGCAGCAGCAGCAGAACAUUGCAAAUGACAAGACGCGUAGGGCAUUGUCGUCGCGCCUCCGCUACCACCGUACCCGUCGUCGAACUCGUUGGUGAAUUUGCCGUGCCACCGUUAUUGCCGUUGUCCUCUUCGUCACCGCCGCUGCCGCCGCCGUCGUCGAUGAGAUCUCGUCCGCCGCCAGGAACGCGAGCGUCCUAGAAAACGAUCACGAAAAUCUGUGUGUCCUGUCGGCACCGCUACCUCCACCACCACCACUACUACCACCACCAUCUUCGUCACUACGAUCACUACCACCACCACCACCACCACCACCGCUGCCGCUGCCGUCGCCGCGUGUGUGCGACUUUGUCGCGGGUGCCUCGGAGGAGGCCCUCGUGCCCUGAAACGGUGCCCGCGGCGGCGCCCCGUCUUCGACAGUGAAUAACAACAGUGUACGGAACGACGCAGCGGGGGUAUCGAGGGCCCGAGUGCCACCCGCGCCUAUAUGACAAAAUGUCGGGUUCGCAGAGAAUGCGAAAAUCCUCGCCAUGCUCGACGUCGAAGCAAGGCCCGAUGCGUGCGACUCUGCCCGUCAGCUCGCUGUUAAGGCAAGGCCGGCAGGGUAGCAGCCUUAGGAAGAGCAACAGCAACAGCCCGACGGUAUCGCCGACGAACGCGAGCGCGUGGCGGGCGCGCAUCUCGCCGGAGACCUCUUCCUCGGGGCAACGAAGCCCUGGUUCCCUCUCUUACAAAGCAAAAUCAAAAACAUUAAGCGGAAGAUGCAGUGAAAGUUUAAGCGGAAACCAAAAUAUUCGGAGGACAGCGUCGUUAGACACGAUCUAUCUGAAAGGACAAUGGCCUCGUGAUUCGCAUUACAUUCAUUCCCUUCUCUUGGUUGAUAAAUCUACACAGACGGAAGAAUGGUCUAACGAGCCGAGAAAAUUGCACACCCGUCAUCCUACAGAGCAAACCACUACCGAUGAAAAAUUGGAAAAAUAUUUCAGGCAUCGGUUGCAGCGUUCAAACAAAGAAGGUACCAGCAGUAGAGAGCGGACAGCAGCAUUUGGUUUGAAUCUAAUGCCAGGUGGACCACCUCCAGCCUUUCCCGCAGAUCACACCGUUUUACCCAGUAUUGCCUCACAAACGUCUAUACACAAUCAAUUCAGUUUGGGUACAAAGGCGAGUCCAAUGAAUAUUCCCGUGAAACCGAUGAGGCCUCCGAUGCGUUCUUCUAUUGAAGGACUGAAUCAAGAGAUUGAAGGAUUGGUUCUGAAAUCCACGACGAAUCCUAGCGAUCCUGAUCAUCCAGUAGAAGACAGAUAUCCGCGGUAUCGCGAACAAAUUACACCAGAAGGACAUCGUGCACCAUUAGCAGACCUACUGAGGGCAACUCGCAGCGUAAACACUCAGACACCAGCUACCGACCUUCCCUCCAGUUCUUAUUCUUCAGGCCCUCCAUCUAGGAACUCUGAGUCUCCGCUGAUUCCUGGUCUUAUGGAUGCCUCCCGUCCGCCUAGCGAUCUCUUACAAGGUGGAAGUCGCGGUUCGACCCCUGAACAAGAUAGAGAAGGACGUCUCGGCACCUCUCCUCACAUUAACAGGUUCCUUGCGAGAGAACCGCCCGAUGGCUGUGAGAAAGUCAAUCUUAAAUUCGUAGAGGAUGCCAGGCGACCCAUGAUAGACUUGAGCAAACUAGACUAUUGCUCGAAGCCGUGUGUAGCAUUCCAGUUAAAACCUAGCUUGGGAUCAGCGUUCCUGCCAUUACAACAGCCAGCCAGUCCAGCGAUGGUUGCCAGCGCGUCACCCUCUUCGCAUACGACACCAACCACACCUCCUCCAAAUCCAUAGUCCUGCUCUUUCAUCUCACGGAACGGAACGUUCACGAACACACCCGAUUGGUACAUAUAUACAUAUAUAUAUAUAUAUUUUUUUUUAACGACCUCGAUGGGUAGAAAGUGGUUUACUUUGAUAUGAAAAGCGUAUACAAAGAAAAGUUACCGAGACGAAAAAAAAGGCAAAAUGCAACCUGUUUCUCCAGUGCGGCGGUCCGGGCGUUCGCACACCGUGGACGUGUAACUAAAAAAAUGGUAGUUACGAUUGCAUUGAUACGAACGCGACAUACGAAAAAUAUUGAAAGCAUCCGAGCUCCGAUAAACGUUUCAAACAAUAAACGAAUACGAGGAACAAUAAUUUGUGAUAACUAAAGGAAAGAAGUUGACGACAUUUAGGAAUGAACGUUGUGUUCUACAGGGAGAAAGACUAAUAAAAUUGUGUAUUCUAAAUUUAGUGCUAAAACGUGCUAAACGACUUUAGUUUUGUAUACAGGGAUAAAUAUUCAGAAACGUCGCAGAGUAUUAAAUUUGAUUGUUGGCAAAAGGGCAAAAUUAUAACUACAUAAUUGGGUACGUGUGCCUGGUACAUCGGUACCCCCAUCGGUGCACCUAUUAUCAUGUUUUUUCGUUUGAAAUUUAUUACUCGAAUGAUUCGAUUGCAUAAAGAAGGAACACUAGAAUCUUUUCUACCGUUUUGUAUUAUUCUACGCUGAGACUAUUACGGGAGGAGCUCGAAAAUAGUGUAUCCCUAUGGUACAUUAUUUCUUUUAAGAGUUACGUUCUCUUAGAAUUACGUAUAUGCAUACAUUCUUUACUAUUUUCUUUUUGUCUCUCCUCGUUUUUUAAGCUCGCGUAUGUAAGAUAAAGGAGUGAAUCGUUUCACGAUAGUAUAUUUUGUAUUAGGUGUACGAACGUGCACUCUCGCGUAGCUUCUCAUUUUUAUAGCAAUUCCCCUUAGGCGAUAAGAAACACUUCGUUCAAUUAUACUAUAGUGUUCAGUGUCAUACGUCAACUUAUGAAACUUAAGUUAAUAUCGCAACACGUAUACUUUGCUAUUUGAUAAUCCCAUUACCAUAGGGCUACAACAUUUUUCUGUUUUAUUUGCGUCUCAUUAGUUCUCUAUUAUUACUAUUAUCUGAAUAUGUACAACCGAUACAGCAUGCGAUAACAGGUUGAGACGGAUGUAUGAUAGGAAUGAAGGAGGAAGUGUAAUAAGUAACGUGAAAAACUAAUGGCGAGCGAAGGCUAGAAUUGAAACAUUGAUCGAAGUUAAUAAACGACGAAAUGUUGUGCUGUGGCCGAUGUAGUGUCAGAAGUUCGUACGAGAAUGGCUGGACAACUUGGCACGGUACGGGUGUGCGUGUAGGGUUUCGUAUAAGUGCGGGUCGUAAUUUAAAACAAGAAGUAGUAAUUUACGAUCCAUGAUCUGUACAAACGAACCGCGUAUGCGUGUGUUGUAAUAUCAGAAUCCUGAUUAAGCCAUCCACGAAUAACAUUGAAUACUAUUAUCGUACUACCCGUAUAUUGUAUAAAAUACUUGACAAGUAUUUGGGAUACUACGAAAGUUUCGUUAGUUGAAUUUACGCUAAUCCUCAUUUGUUUCUUUCUUUGUCAUUCGUUUUCUUAUGUUAAAUGGUUUUACAAUAAUCAAAGCAAUAUCAAAUUAAUACUCUCGCAAAAAAAUAAAUACCUUUGUAUAAACAAACUACUCACUCUAUAUAUAAAAA